AACGUGACGUCAUCGUUUGUGCUGCUGGCAGAAUACUCGUAAUAAUUACUAGUCAGGGUCUGUGAGCGAAACAGAAACUGUCAGUAGAAGAGAGGAUGCGUGUUGUUUUCAGGUAUGGCCUGGAGAGCUGUGUUCACAGCCUUGGAGGCAGUGUGUGAGGAAAACAUCACAGCUCUGUCUGGGCCUACCGACUUGCUGUGCGGUAACGCUUCUGGACGCUUGUUGACCUGCAUGAGAAAGAUUCAGGACCAUGGCCGUGCACUCGAACCUGUGGUUGCUGGUUUUACUGCAGUCUACCACCACUUUGACUUUGACGCAGAUACCCCUGGGAAUGGGUAUCGCACACUGGUAAAGGUGCUGCAGUCUUGCCUUUUGCACAUCAUCCACAAGGGCCGCUACAUUGCAUCUAACUGCCACAGGGCCUUCUUUAGGGCCAACCACAAUGCUUCAGAGAUGGAAGCCUACUCCAGUGCCCUGUGUCAGCUGCGGGCCCUCCUUUACCUUGCUCAGCGUCUGCUCCACGACAACGGUCAUGGGCAACUGUACUCCCUGCAGGAUGGAGAGCUGAGCAGGAGGUUUGUGAGGGAGUACACCUCCAUGCACAAGGCCUGCUUCUAUGGCCGCUGCCUGGGCUUUCAGUUCUCGCCUACCCUUCGUCCAUUCCUGCAGACAGUUGUCAUAAGCAUGGUCUCAUUCGGAGAGAGCUACGGAAAACAACAGUCUGGGUUAGGCAUGGCAGCUUUCUCCUUCCUUACCUCUGCGAAGUAUGUCAUUGAUCCAGAGCUGAGGGGAGCAGAGUUUGAGCGGAUCACCCAGAAUCUGGACAUGAAGUUCUGGAAGUCUUUCUGGAACCUCACAGAAUCAGAGCUUCUAUCGGGCUUGGCAAGUGUAGCCUCUAACCUAGUGCAGCUGAACCUCACCCUGACCAUACCUCCUGAACCACUGCGCCUCCCCCUGGCCUCAGACCCCCGUCUCUUUGCCCCUGUGUCCCCUCCGGUGGCCCACUGGGGCCCUGGACCUGUUAACAUGCGGCUCAUCUCCUAUGAACUUCGAGAAGGGCAGGACAGUGACGAGCUGCUGGCUUUCUCUCGUACAGAAGCUACCCCCAUCUCUGUGUCUUUGGUACCGUUUGGUGCUCAGAAGCACCCUCCCUCCCCCUGGUUGCUGAUCCACUUCCAUGGAGGAGGCUUCGUGGCCCAGACCUCGAAAUCCCAUGAGAACUAUCUGAAGAGCUGGUCCAAGGAUCUAAAUGUCCCCAUUCUGUCUGUGGACUACUCCCUUGCCCCUGAGGCCCCAUUUCCCAGAGCCCUGGAGGAGUGCUUCUAUGCCUACUGUUGGGCCCUCAAGAACUGCCAUCUUCUGGGCUCCACGGCUGAGCGUGUGUGUCUGGCUGGGGACAGUGCUGGGGGGAACCUCUGCAUCACAGUGUCUAUGAGGGCCAUAGCCUGUGGUGUGCGUGUCCCAGAUGGUAUAAUGGCUGCCUAUCCAGCUACCCUGCUCACCAUUGACGCCUCGCCCUCCCGUCUGCUCACCCUCAUUGACCCACUACUGCCAUUAGGAGUGCUCUCCAAGUGCCUCAAUGCCUACGCAGGUGUAGACUCUCAGGCAGUACAGCCCACAGAGGGGACCAGCACAUUGAGUGCUCUAGGUAGAGACACAGCCUUGCUGAUCAGUGACCUCACACACGGGGCAUCCAAUUGGAUUCAGUCAUUCCUUCCUGCAGAGGUCCUAGGGUCACUGUCAUCGUCACACCAGAAGUCCCUCGAUAACGAGGCCCACUACAGAUCAACGUCACCCAGUUCCUCCUCAUCCAACUCCUCCUCAGGUCCUAGGGAUUACCCAGAAGGUUUUGAGCCCCUGCGCUCUGAGCGCCUUGCUGUGAUCCAGACGCCUAGCUGUCCCAUUGUCAAGAACCCGUUUGUGUCACCACUUCUAUCCCCUGAUGACCUACUGAGAGGACUACCGCCUGUACACUUGGUGGCCUCUGCACUGGAUGCCUUGUUGGAUGACUCUGUGAUGUUCGCCAAGAAACUGCGGGAUAUGGGCCAACCAGUGACCCUGAGAGUGGUGGAGGACCUCCCACAUGGCUUCCUCAGCCUAUUGGGGCUCGCUAAGGAGACACAGGUGGCCUCAGACAUCUGCGUAGCGCGAAUCAGAGAGGUCUUCCAGCAGCAAACCCCGCCUCCCUGUACUAACAAGCAACCAAAGUUGGAAAGGACCAAUCAUGGCCCAUCAAAUUGAGUGGCUGACCAGCUGUCUAAUAAAAUGGAGGGGAAAGUGUAGUUGUUAGAGUUUGUAGGGAACUGAGGAGUCAUGCAUUUACAGUUUAUAAAAUGGUGAAGAGGGGGGGGAAUAAACUAUGGAUGGAAGAAAAAGGGAGGACAGGCCCCUUGAGGGGCUUUCCAGAUUAUUUUACUCAAUGGUAGUCUGGGGGGGAAGGCAGUCCUCUAGUCGACUGACAGCACAAUACGAUCAUCCAAAGCACACUGGGGGAAAAGUAUGAAAUGUAGUGUCCUUUUUAACAUUGCAGAAACACAGGGUAUGUGAAUAAAACCAAUGACCAGCGUUGAAAGAAAUGCCUUUCCUGGUUGCUAUUCUGUCCUUAUGCUUUAACCAACCCCUUUGUGAUUGAUUUGGCUAAAGCAGAAACAAAAUGGCAACCGGCUGCUUAGAAAUAGAAGUAAUAAUCUCUGAAUAGACAGAUUUGUGUAAUCAGAAGUAGUGCCUUUAACUCCAAAACUGUACUGUACAAACAAAUCCCUUUAUUUUACCUUGCCUGUAUCAUCGGGUUGAACAACUAAUAGGACCUAAUGCAUGGAUACAGUGCCUUCAAAGUAUUUAGACCCCUUGACUUUUUCAACAUUUUAUUAGGUUUCCCUACAGAAAAUGUUCCAUAAAGGUUUUUAGAAAUGUUACCUAAUUUAUUUAUUUUUAAAUUAUCUAAUUUACUUAAGUAUUCAGACCUUUUACUGAGUACUUUGUUGAAGCACAUUUGGCAGCUAUUACAGCCUUGAGUCUUUUGGGGAAUUACACUAUAAGCUUGGCACACCUGUAUUUGGGGAAUUUAUCCCUUUUGUUCUCUGUAUAUCCUCUCAAGCUCUGUUAGGUUGGAUGGGGAGCAUUGCUGCACAGCUAUUUUCAGGUCUCUCCAGAGAUGUUCAAUAGGGUUCAAGUCCGGGCUCUGGCUGGGCCACUCAAUGAUGUUCAGAGGCUUGUCCCAAAGCCACUUGUUCGUUGUCUUGGCUGUGUGCUUAGGGUCGUUGUCCUGUUGGAAGGUGAACUUUCGCCCUCAGUCUGAGGUCCUGAGUGCUCUGGAGCAGGUUUUCAUCAAGGAUCUCUCUGUAAUUUGCUCCGUUCAUCUUUGCCUCGAUCGUAACUAGUCGCCCAGUCCCUGCCACUGGAAAACAUCCCCACAGCAUGAAGCUGCCACCACCAUGCCUCACCGUAGGGAUGGUGCCAGGUUUCCUCCAGAACGUGAUGCUUGGCAUUCAGGCCAAAUAGUUCAAUCUCGGUUUCAUCAGACCGGAGAAUCUUGUUUCUCAUCAUCUGAGAGUCUUUAGGUGCCUUUUGGCAAACUCCAAGCAGGCUGUAAUGUGCCUUUUACUAAGGAGUGGCUUCUGUUUGGCCACUGUACCAUAAAGGCCUGAUUUGGUGGAAUGCUGCAGAGAUGGUUGUCCUUCUGGAAGGUUCUCCCAUCUCCACAGAGGGGCUCUAGAGCUCUCUGUGACCAUCGGAUUCUUGGUCACCUCCCUGAUAAGGCCCUUCUCCCCAGAUUGCUUAGUUUUGCUGGGCGGCCAGCUCUAGGAAGAGUCUUGGUGGUUCCAAACUUCUUCCAUCUAAGAAUGAUGGAGGCUACUGUGUUCUUGGGGACCUUCAAUUCUGCAGAAAUGUUUUGGUACCCUUCCCCAGAUCUGUGCCUGGACACAAUCAUGUCUCGGAGCUCUACGUACCAUGGCUCAUGGCUUGGUUUUUGCUCUGACAUGCACUGUCAUCUGUGUGACCUUAUGUAUACAGGUGUGUGCCUUUCCAAAUCUUGUCGUUUCAAUUGUAUUUACCCCAAGUGGACUCCAAGUUGUAGAAACAUCUUGAUGUGUUCUGACUUUUAAAUAUGAAAUAUUCUUAUUCAUGUCACUGAGGGAGAGGUGAAUGUAGAGCGUUUACAUUCUGUCAGAAUAUAUUGUUAGACAUCAGGGAUCCUAUGGAAGGACAAGGUCCACAGUCUGGUACAAGUCAACAGGACAGCUGUGAGGUGGGGAGGAGUGAGGAAUUUGGACAGAGGUCAGAUGAAGUGAGGAAGAACAGAUAUCACAAAAGUUAUGUCUUGCAAGGGCCUCCUGAGUGGCGCAGUGGUCUAAGGCAGGAUCUCUAGCUGUGGCACUACAGAUCUGUGGCACUACAGAUCCUAGUUCGAGUCCAGGCUCUGUCGCAGCCGGCCGAGACUAGGAGACCCAUGAAGCGGUGCACAAUUGUCCCAGCGCCGUCCGGGUUUGGGGAGGUUUUUGCCGGCAGGGAUGUUCCUGUCCCAUUACGCACUAGCGACUCCUGUGGCGGGCCAGGCGCAAUGAACGCUGACACAAUCGCCAGGUGUACGGUGUUUCCUCUGACACAUUGGUGCGGCUGGCUUCUGGGUUAAGCGGGCGUUGUGUCAAGAAGCAGUGCAGCUUGGCUGGGUUGUGUUUCGGGGGACGCACGGCUCUCGACCUUCGUCUCUGCCGAGUCCAUACAGGAGUUGCAGCGAUGGGACAGGACUGUAACUAUGUUAAUAGGAUUUAUAUGUUUAUAUGAAUUCAUAUGGUUCCACCCUGAAACGGUUCCACCCUGAAACCAUAUGAUUGUAUGAAAUUGAUUAGAAUCAUGAGAUUAUUCUAAUGAUGUGAGGUUUUAGUCUGUAGAAUUAUAUAUCCGUGAGUGUAGUUUUUUGUCAGAAUUAGGGUAUAACAAUAUCUGUACAAUAUGUCUAUUAUAGUAUCUUAAAAACAGACUGUCUGAGCAAGAUUCGGUGCAGACCUUGGCUGGGGGCCACAGUGUACUUCCCAGGGUCUCCCUAUCUUGAGGGAGGAGUGAUUCUCAUGGACUCCCCUAAUCAUUGUCGGCUGGGUAGCAGGACAGUGGGUGCGUAGGAUACCUAAUGUUUGUGUGUGAAAGAAGCCAGUAUAAAAUGAAUGGUUUUGUACAACAGACCAGCGCUCUCAUGAAUAAACCUUUUUGACUAUUUUA